AUGUCGACAAUUUAGGAGCUCAUUACUACAUUAUUUAAUUUAAUUGUUAGUGAUGAUGAAGUUUAGCAUAGAAAUCGAUUCCUUAAAACAAAUAAUCCAAUUGAAUAAUUGAGGAUUAUAAUUGAAAUUGUAAUACAGCAACAGCACCAGAAAUAGCAAUAAGAUUACAAAGCUCUGGAAAAACAACUCCAAAAAUUUGAAUUUGAGGUUCGAAAUCAUAUUAGAGAUGAAUAUUUAAUGCAGUAGAAUUAGGAAGAUUUGAUAUCUCGACUGGAGGAAAUGGAGAAAGAAAAGAAUGACUUAUUCAGCAACACCAAAUAAACAAUUAUUAAAUUAAAAAGGGAAAACGAAGAGUUGUAUUAAAAAGUGAGAUUAUUAUCUGUAGAAAACCAAUAACAAAAAAGUCUGAAUGAAAAACUGACGACCUAUUAGGAAAGACACAAGAUGACCGAUCAUCUGACUCAAGAAUCUACCAAGAUUAGUUAGAGUAAAUAUUCAACCUUGGAAAACCAUAAUUAAAAGAUCAUCAAAUUAAAAACACAUCCAACCCCUAAAAAAUUGCACACUGAAACUUCAGUAGACAUUUCCCUUAUAGCUGCAGUGAAUCAAAAAAGAUUAAGUCAAUAAUUGAUCAAACCAAAUUAUUUUCAAAAAAAGGGAUCAAUUACAAACAAUUAAUUUAUCAAGAAAAAAAGACAAUCCUGUUCAUUCGCAAAUCAAUCAUUAAAUUUUUUAACGACAAGCAUGUGA